AAUGUUUCUUCACUUUUUAUUGCUUACAUCAGAGCUGCAUGCCGACGUAAAAUCAUCAAACUACAAGGUUAAAUUUAAAGGUCGAUCUUUGUCAAGAAAUGUUAUCAUAUCUGAACAUGAAGUGACCAACGUGGUAGAAUGUGCACUGCUUUGCGUUCAAACUGAAACAUGCCUUGGUUUCCACUACAAAACCACAACAACUCUGGUUAUCAACUGCCAAUUAAGCAAUGAAACAAAUGGAAGCAAGACAAAUCAUAGUGAUGAUGAAUGGACUUUUUAUCAAGAUGUCGCGACUCAUUUUAGUUCAAAAUAUGAAGACAACGUUCAUAGCCCGAAAACGCCGCCAAAAGUAUUUCAGAUCUAUAAUUCCCACCAUAAACUUUGUGCAUCAUUUAACGGUGAAGAUGUCAUCGUCACGACAUGUAACCAUAGUGACGAAAAGCAAUGGUGGACCUGGACAACGUGCACUCAAAUACAACAUCAGGAGUCAGGAAAAUGUCUUGAUGUCAACGGAGGAGUGGCUAAAUUGACAAAACUACACUUGUCCACGUGCGAUAGUAGUUUCCCCACCCAGCAAUGGUCGUGCAGUGAUUAUUUUGUCCAACUGAACGGCACUGAUUUUUAUAUGGAAUAUGGUGUCCUUAGCGGAGCGGAAAUUUAUUUGUCCACUUCAACAAGUGCUUAUGGCCAGUGGCAAAUUUCUAAUUUUACGAUUUACAAUAUUUGUUUCGCAAAGCCAUAAGUUUGGUCAUUUAUAUUCAUAGCAAUUUUAUUUAUGAAAUGCUAAC